CGUUUGAAAGCGAGCUUUGUAAACUGACUAUUAGCGUCAGCUGUUUUCCAUAACUGUCAACUAUGUUGUGAUUAAAGCAACAAAUAGACAUUUUCUAAGUGUCAACGAAUUAUUGGGAAGAAAAACAAAUAUAAUAAAAAAUUGAAAAAUUUAAUGGUGUAGAAACUACUGUUUGUUUCACUGACGUGUCAACAAAUUUGCUACAAAAACAAUACGAUUUGAAGCCUUUAAUAUUAAUUAAGUAGCGGCAGUAAGAAGCUAUUUCCAACACAAAUCUGGCGCAUUCCAGCAACAGCAUGCGACGAAAUAAUUAUCCAUACCAGCCGCUAAAUCAGACGCCGGGACACAGUGCACAGCCACACGAUGCGCUAGAAGAGGAGAAUGAACGUGCUGCUGAAGAUUUAAAGCAUAAAAUUGGAGCACUUAAAUCACUCACUAUCGAUAUAGGCAACGAAGUGCGCUAUCAGGAUAAAUUAUUACGUGGCAUUGAUGAUGACAUGGACAGAACAGGUGGUUUCCUGGGAAACACAAUGGCACGCGUCGUCCGUUUAGGAAAGAAUAGUGGCAGCCGCCAUAUGUGUUACAUGUUUCUCUUCGUACUAUUUGUAUUUUUCAUACUCUAUAUUGUGUUAAAAAUUAAGUGAAAUAGUUGAGAAGAACUGCAGCAGUAAUUGAGAUAUUGAGAAAUAGAUUUGCCGAAACGAAUGUUAAUACUGUCAUAUUACUAAGUGGUUACAUAUAGCAAAACCAGUUACACAUUACAAAGGAAUAAACUAUUUUUGUAAACAUAAAAAAUAUAUAUAUUUGUGAUUUUCUUUUUAUAAUGUAAAUAAAAUCUAAGAGCAUAAAUCUA